UGAUCGGCUCCUCUCGCCCUCUCCUCGCCCUCUCCCUCUCCUCACCCUCUCCUCACCACUCGUACCGUCUUGCAACAAUACCCCAGGCGCUUUUACAAACGUCUGCGCAGACGUCGCAGAGAUAGUUGCCUGCGUCUCGCUUGCUGGAUGCCCUCACGGCGGCGCGAGCGAGUUCAAGAAGAUGGGGAGACAGCGGCCGCCGUUCGACUCUAACAACGCAGCCAGUACAUCUAAAAAAUUGAAAAAGGACAAGCCGUUCGCGAAGGGGGCAGUGAAGUCCUCAGCAGGUGGAGGUGCGGGUGAUGCGAACAGAAGCUCGCUGUUUGUGGAGAUCAUCAGCAAGGCUGGGAUGACACUGAAGCUAGAUGAAGCUCACAACCAACUGUCGGUUGAUGAUGCUAUUUUCCAAAAGAAUGUGACUCAGGGUCUGCGCAAGCAUGCCAGCUAUCCCAAGGUGGUGGAUGACUUCAUAAGCAGCCUGCAGGAGUAUGUGGAGGGCCGUGAGGCGUUGAAGACUUGCCUGCUACCGUGCCGGUCCUGCCAGGAUUCUGAUGCCAGUACAAAGGCUUCACGUGAAAGUUUGAUCAAGCUUCUCCUUGGAGUAAAUAUUUUGCAGACUCCUUUAAUGAAUGCGCUCUUGGAAAAGCUCCCCGAGUUCAUGGAAGACGGGAAUUCGGAGGAUGGCGUGAACAUCCCUCGUUUGACCAUCAGUCAUUUUAAGUGGCUGGAUCGCAUUUAUGACUCAACGAGCCUCACCGAUCGCAUUCUGGAGCUGCUCACCGUCGCUCCUCUCGACGUGCAGCGUGACAUUAUCACCUGCCUGCCGGAGAUCAUCGAGGACGCCCAACACACGCGGGUGGCUAACGAGCUCAGGUGAGUGAUGCCCUUGAUGCAGCAGAACACGCAACUGACGGUGGUUGUUCUUGAUGUCCUCUCCAACAUCAACCUGUCCUCUGACCUCCUGGCGGAGGUGCGUGGCUCGGUGAUGCUUACCCUUGCGUCGGUGGAGCUCGAUGACCUUCCCGUGGUUGUCAAGUUCAUCUUGCACUCCAUCACUGCCACGGAUGCCUACGAGGUGAUUGCCGAGCUGAGAACCAAGUUGGACUUCCAGCUGUGCCUCCCUCCUGCCAGCCUCAGCGUCACACAAGGCGGGCGCAGGGCGGCAACUUGCGUGCCUUCGCAAGUGGCUCCUGACAAACGUGACUGCAAAGCACUGGUGCUCGACGCCAUUGCAUCGGCUGUGCGCUUCCAAAAGACCACAGCUGAGGCUUGGAUUAAGGCGAUUGAAAGUGUGCGCUCUGAGUCGGAACACAAGGUCAUCGACUUCCUGGUGCUGCUCAUCCUUCACAUCAACCACCACAAGGCCGUGGAGAGCCUCGUGCAGGCCAAGGUGCGCGCGGGUCGCCUCGGCGACAAGCUGCUGCAGGCUGCCUUCAGCGGGCACACCCCGGUGAUGUGCGAGUAUUUUCCGUCCAUUUUGGCGCUGGCGCAGACGCUGCUACGGUCGCAGGAUCCGGUGGUCGCGUCGUUCGCCGGCCGCGUGUACUGCCACGUAUUCUUCUGCUUUGAACCGUACUACCAGCAGGAGGUGGUGGGGUCGCUGGUCACCUUCGUGUGUAACGGCUACACAGCCGAGGCGGAUACGGCGCUGCAAGUCCUGCAUGAGCUGGUGCAGCAGCGCACAGCCUCGCUGGCCUCCUAUGCGGUCUUCAUCAAGGGUAUCUUGGACUAUCUGGAGAAUCUCUCUUUCACGCAGAUCCGAAAGCUUUUCUUCAUCCUCAGCACCCUGGCCUUCAGUGGGGGCACCCAGGGAAGUUACAUCCAGGGCGACAUGCACAUCGUGGUGCGCAAGCAGCUGUCAAGCACGGUGCUCAAAUAUAAGCGCAUCGGCAUCGUUGGCGCCAUCGCGCUGGUGGGGAGCAUGGCCACUCGCGGGAAAAGUGAAGCGACAGUCGCAUCUGCUUCCCAGGCAUCUCCGCUCAGCAGCAAUGUCUUCAAACAGGUGACGACCCUGGUGGAACUGGUGCGUGACUGCUGCGACGGCUCGGCCGAAGGCACGGCGCUGUACUGCGACGAGCUGGCGACGCUCAUCCACACGGGGGCUCUGCACCCUAAAGUUCAGGCGUGGAUUGGAGAGAACAUAUUGACUGACUUUCAGGACGAUUAUGUGGUUGACGUACAGCCGGGGAAAGAGCCGUCAGGAGACGAUUGUGUACUGCCCAUGCGCCUCUGCUACAACUUGGAGGAGGACGAGGACAGCGAGGGCAGCAUCGCCAUCAACCUGCUGCCGCUGCUGGCGAACAAUGUCCUCGCCCGCAAGGCGCAGCCCGGGGGUCCUGACAACAGCAAGAGGCUGGUGUCCCACGUGUGCCUGGCGUCUCACUUCCGGCUGCUGCGGCUCGGCGAGGAAGCUCUCAACGACGGCAACCUGGAGGGCAUCGACGCGCUCCUGGGCUGUCCCUUGUACGUGGCCGACCCGGAGCUCGUGGAGAAGCUGGAGUCGCUGUCGCGGCAGGAGCGCGAGUGGCUCUGCACCGUGCUCUUUCUCACCCUCAACUGGUUUCGCGAGGUGGUGAACGCGUUCUGCAGGCAGUCGGACGCGGAGAUGAAAGGGAAGGUUUUACGCCGCCUGGAAAACAUAACACAGGUGCAGGGUCUUCUGGAGAGGUGUCUGGCAGCCACACCGGGAUACAAACCGCCCACGGCAAACUUUGACAGUGAAGGGUCGGAGAGCGGCGCUCCUACGGCAAAUUCCUCGGCUCAGCCCAAGAAAAAAAACAAAGGCAAGAAGAGGAAGGCGGAUGGCGCAGAGAACACGUCGACAGAGAGUCUGCAGGGAGACGAGACGAUGGGCGACACGCUGGCGCCGGCAGAGCGCACCCAGGAUGACAAAGAGGCAGCGGAGGAGCGGCCGCAGGUGAGCCUGGCAAGCUACCGCGCAUACAUGCGUGAGCUCGACAUCCACGUGUUUGGCAUCCUGCAGAUGGGGCUGCUUACCAAGUCCCUGCUGGACUCGCACAUGAACACCAAGGUCACGGAAGUGGUGCAGCUGGGACCAGCUCAGCUCAUGUUUCUGUUGGACGAUCUCGCCCAAAAGCUUGAUCAUGUCCUUACCACGUCGAAGCGGACCAUGUUCCUGAAGGUGGGGAAGGCGGACCAGGACGUGGGUUUCGCGAACCUGAUGCAGCACUCGCCGCGACAGAUUGCCAGCCACGCCGUGCACCUCCUGGCUUCUCUCUGCGACCACCUGGAAGGCACUCACAAUUACUUCCAGAUGUCGCAAGCCGAGAACGAUGGCUUGGCGGAUGGUCCGCACGUGAACGUCCAGGAGACCCAAAUCAUGGCCUCCUGCUACCAACUCCUUCUACAAACCCUCAACACCCUCUUCUCUUGGAGCGGGUUUGUGCAUUCGGAGAAUAAGCCUCUUCUUAAGGAUGCUCUGGGUACUCUGGCCUUGAGGCUCAAGCCCGGAGAGGGAGCGAUGUCUAUGGACGAGCUGCUUGGCCACGCGUUUUCAUACCUGCGGAACUUUUCUGCCACGGUCCCUUCGGGCGAGUUGGCGCUCACCCUCACUCGGCUGCUCAUGGCGAUGGCCAAGAUGAGCCCGGAGCAGAAGGAACUACGCAAAGAAAUCGUAUCCGUCGCACUGGGGUUUUUGAAGCAGCACUGGGUAGGGCCCACGGGAGAGCGGGAGAAGGGAAGUAACUACUCCAAGGCCUUGGAAGGCUUGCUCUGCAUCUAUCUGGACAGCUGUGAGAACGUGCUGGACGCGAUAGAGGACAUCGCUAUCAAGGGCGUCACGGAGCUCGUCCACGUGGACAAGGACGGCCACUCGGCCACCUACCCCACGCUCACCAGGGCCGUGUUUGGAAUCUUCUACCGGGUCGUGAUGGAGCGGCUCGAGAAGGCCGUCAAAGCGAUUCCUGCGGGACGAUCCACCGACUCGGACGAGGUGCAAGAGGCACUGCUGAUUCGGUGGAGUGCAGGCGUCCGGAACUUCCACAUGCUCGUCAACCUCAUCAAGACUUUUGAUGGAAGACAGAGUCUCAGAGUUUGCCUAAAGUACGGUCGCCUGUUUGUGGAGGCCUUCCUUAGAAAAGGAAUGCCACUGCUGGAUUGCACCUUCAAAAAGCACAAGGACGAAGUGAACGGUUUGCUCAAGAACCUUCAACUGAGCACACGGCAGCUACACCACAUGUGUGGUCACUCCAAGGUGAACCACAACGUGAACCUCAUGAAUUGCGUGCCCCAGCUGAAGCGCACGCUCGAGUCGUUUGUCUACCGUGUCAAGGCCAUGCUCACCGUGAACAAGUGCCACGAGGCCUUCUGGAUCGGCAACCUCAAAAACCGCAACCUGCACGGCGAGGAGAUAUUGUCUCAGAAUAUAACGCAGACGGACAAGGGCGAAGACUCUGAAACGGAGGCAUCGGUGCUUGCAGAAGAUGAUGAUGAUGAAGAUGAAGAGAUGCCAGAGAAUGCAGAAGAGGAAUUCCUGAGCGACGAGUACUGACCUGGCUCUCUUCGGCGUUGGAUCGCCGAUUACUCACGUUCUCCAUCACACAUCGAGGCGGAGACUGCAACAACGAUUGUGUUUUGUUUGUUUAUUUGUUUUCGACUGAGGCAACGGCGGUGACCCACGUGCCCUGCCCGAGAACGGUGCACUUGGCAGGACGCUGCUUGCUUGACGCACUUGGCUAAGUGGUGCGGGGUGGUGGGAGGGCGUGGGAUGGUGGCCGGGAGCGCGCGCCUUCCUUUGCCGUUUGUUGGGCAGGUUCGCGGUGCGAAGCCACCGGCCGCCCUGGUUAAUACCGCGCGCAGUCAGAUUCGCAGUGGCGAACUUUAAAGGUCCUGCAAAGUUAUUCGUGAAAUGUUAUAAAUUACUCGCAGAUUACUUUAUUGGAGGAAAUAAAUUAAAAAUAUCAUUGAUUUUUUUUUUAUCUCGGUUAUCUUUUCACAGAAGUCGUUGCUUACCCGGUGUAAUCUUUGCAAGUGUCCACUUAACCGUUAUCUUUACUCACACCAUCCUUGUUCUAAACAUGACCUUUAUCUGCCAGGGUCAAAGCAGGGACUACUUAAUUAAAAUACAUUUCACAUUUAUUGCAUGAGCGAUUGGCUUCGUUAAAAUACAGAGAUACUUGUAAUUAAUCUUUAUUUAAAAAAACUGCUUUAUACUCUAUGCUCAUGUUGCACCUCCGAUUAUCACGGUUGGUUACAUACGUUGCAAAAGAAGUUCAACAUACGUAUGUUAUGCCUUAAGUUCUGAACACGUGAUUGCAAACUUUUGGUUAUAUGCUGCAUAUCGUUGCCUUUUUUUUUCACGACACGGUAAUUGCUGUCAUGUUUAAAAUAGUUAUUUUUUUACUUUAAUGCGCGGAUUUAAACGUAGUGUGACAAAAACCGUUUAAAAUAAAAAUUGAAAACGUCACCGAUGCAUCCUUUACAAGUUUGCAUUUUCCAUUCCUUUAUUGCCAGUAAAAAAUAAUUGUACGUUUUCGCAACGGAUAACUAGUUGAUAGCCGUUUUGUCAAACCUCCAGUCUCGUCAUCACUAUCAUCCACGACACCCCGCACCUCCGAUUGGCACAUUUGUCUUUGCACGGUGCGAAAGGAGGUCAACUUACGUACGUACGUACAUACAAACCACGGAGCUUGAGUCCGAUAUGUUCCACGCUGGUCAGUGUGGGUUGCUGAACAGCAGAGGUGGGGAAGGGGGGGUUAGACCAGAUCAGAUGUCACUCACCAAUGAUGUUAGCCAUGGCCAGGCAUCAAAGUCGGCUACCAAGUUCAUACCACUGUGUGCUAACCACUGUGCCACUGCUCCGGCCGCCCUUGGAAAGCUUGUGAGAGAGCUUUCCGCACGGUUUUGCUACAGUAUACACUGCCAUUCAUUCGUAAGUGAUAUUCAUAACAGUGAUAUUCAUAAUGGUUAUACAGGACAGCCUCCCUCAAUCAUGGGUCUUUCAAGGAUAGGCCUCGCAUGGGAUAUUUGGCCAAUUUUUUUACAGGUAUUAUUUUGUGUGGGCGGAGGAGACGGGAAUGCCGGGAUAAACCCCCACGCGUAUUCGGGGAGAAAUUGUAACUCGACACGGUGUAUAAGAAACCCGGUUCAUUACCGUGGGCCGGUCCCAUCGGGUAUCACCCUGUACACGAUCUUCUGGAUUGAGGCAUGCACCGUCACGCCCGGCGGAUUGCAGCGAACGCUGCUGCGUGUGUCUUCGGCGUGCUCGCGUUGGGACCUCGACAUCUGAGAUCGAGAUGUCGUCACGGCCAAAUCCGUUGAUGACACCCGCGCAUCGCCAACGCUUUCCGCUCGCGGCCAAACCAUGCAGCUGUCGCACACUCGACGCGACCUCCAAGAACUGGCCGCACAGUCUCCUGCCAUCUGCGCUUAGUUUCAAGUAAACUAUGAAAUAAGUAAAAGAUUUUACCAGGUAAUAAGGCUCCUUGAGAUUUUAGUUAUUUUUCAGAAGCGAUCUGGCUAUCACAAAUGAUAGCUCAACGAAGUGGCUUAUCGUGUGGUAAUGUCAAGCGGCCAAAUACUGUAAACGCUCGUUGAUUGUAAAUGUGGAGGGAAACAUCGGAGGACUCGGAGAAGAAUCCACGACCACGGGGAGAGAGACACGCAAACUCCAAAUAUACAUGCGUCAGGGUCGGGUUCAAACCCACAACUUGUAUACCAGUCCAAUGCUGGUCUCAGUAACUGGACCCUCUGUCCUGCACACAUGCCCUGGCCAACGUCGCCUUUUUCCGAAUCAUAUCAGCCACGAUUACCUAAAGGCGGUCACUGCAUCGCGCGCAUUUGGAUGUGUUUCUCUGGCCGUCUGGAAUGCUCUUCGUUCUAAUAUUAGGAAUCCACUGGACCGAUGCACUUUCAAAUCUAGAUUGAAAACUCAUUGCUUUCGAACUGCGUUUUGUGUUUAAUUCGUUGUCAUUCCCCCGCACCUCCGAUUCGGACGGUUGGCUACGUACGGUGUGAAAGAAGUUCAACAUACCAACCUGCAACGUUCUUUAACGGACUUGUGCCAUUCCUUAGUCUUGUCUUGCCACUGAAUUCCUAGCAUCCGUCUCAAGUGCCAACCCGCUUCUUCUGGAAGUGUGGUUCUAAUUCAGGCUCAGAUGUUUGACGGUGCUUGGGACCUGCUGAUCACGUCAGCACGGCUAACCGCUGUCAGCUUCUGUGCACGUGUGCUCUUCAUGAGCAAAUCUGAAGAAUUUGCUGCCAACUACGAAGCCAUCAGAUUAUUCCUUUCGGGACGGCGUUGUAGCUGAAGGUCUUCUGGCGCUUAAUACAUUUCAAACAUCAUUGUUAUGGAUGUAAGCAGUCGUAAUGUUAAUGAUUUCAUUUAAAUACA